AAAAGCUACACGCCAAAAACUGGAAUACUUCAUCACAAAGAAUCUUCUAAAUUAUUACUUUGUAAACCUAAAUUGAUGGCACUUAAAUCUAUAACUCUUGAAAAGAUUCAAAAAAUGCAAAUGGAUGCUGAAAAGAAACUUUCUAAUAGAUGAAUACUUUAUUUAGUAAAAUGACUGUUGGAAUAUUUACCACAGAAGUUGUAUUUGCUUUUAUUUUAACUAUAGUAUUACUUAACCGGUAUGGAAAUUGGAAAACUCAAAAUGUUGUUGUUACGAUUGCUGUGUUAAUUUCUUGGUAUUUUUCACUUUUGAUUAUUUUUGUUCUUCCUAUUGAUAUAUCUUUAGCUACUUACCGUAAAUGUAUCAAGGAUUAUGCUUCCCAAAAUAGUACCAAUUCUAGUCAAAAUGAAUAUUGCAAAAAUCCGUGGAGCUAUGUUCCAUCAUCUACAUUACCAAAUUUGUGGAGAGUUGUGUACUGGACUUCACAAUUACUCACAUGGUUUAUCAUGCCAGUCAUGCAAUAUUAUGUAAAAUCAGGCGAGUUUACAUUAAAAGAAAAAUUAAAAAAUGCUAUAAAAAGUAAUACUGUAUAUUAUAGUACAUUAUUGACAAUAGUAACAGUCCUACUAAUUUAUAUUGCUUUAAAACCAGGUGUUCAUCUUGAUUGGCAAAAAUUAAAAGCUAUUGCAUCAUCAGCCAGUAAUACUUGGGGAUUAUUUCUUUUGAUAUUGUUAUUGGGUAUUGCUUUAGUUGACAUACCUACAGAGUUAUGGAGAUCUAGUCAGAUUGAAUACAGAUUAAGGAAAGUAUAUUUCAAGCUCUCAAAAUUAAACACAGAAAAAUUAGAAUCUGAAGGAGCAUUAGAAGAUGUAAUAGAGUCAAUAAAGAAUGUAAGUCUUAAUAUAAAUCCAAAUGAUCAGUUAUAUGAUUGUUUUCAAAUAAUUUUAAAAAAAGUUCCUGAAGAUUACUAUGAAUCAAUAUCAAAUUUAAGAUCAAAUCCUAGAAGAACUCAAAUGACUACUUCAAUUGGUUUAUUAACUAAACUUCAUAAACAACUUAUUACUGCUGUUCAUAUGUAUCAGAGGACUGAGACACAAGGAAAUAUAACAUUAGAAAAUGCAAUAUUUUUAGAAGAUAUAAAUUCUAACAUGUCAUCCAGAGACUAUCGAUUUGUAAAAACUUCAAAUAAACUAUCAAAAUGGAAAAAUUAUUUUAAUACAUCAAAAAUUGAAUGGUAUUGGUGGUGUAGAAUACACCCUACACUACUGCGAACAUUAGCUGUUUUUACAGGCGUGUUAUCAGCUAUUAUUGUUUGGUCAGAAAUAACAUUUUUUAGUAAAAAACCUGUGCUUUCUAUUUUUGCUUUAAUGGUUGAAGCUGCUCAACUAUCAAAUGAUUAUGUAAUGAUACAGGUCCUUUCCACUAUUUCUAUUGCAUAUUUGGCAUACUGUACGUAUUCAACAAUAUUCAAAAUAAAAUUGUUGAACAUUUAUUAUUUGGCACCAAACCAUCAAACUACUGAAAGUAGUUUAAUAUUUUUUGGAUUGUUAUUGAGUAGACUUACUGCACCAUUAUGUUUAAAUUUUUUGGGUGUAAUUCAUAUGGAUAGUCAUGUUAUAAGAAGUCGUAUUUUAGAAACUGACUACACUCAAAUAAUGGGUCAUAUGGAUGUAAUUACCAUUAUAAGUGAUGGUUUCAAUAUAUACUUUCCAAUACUAAUCCUUGUUAUAUGCAUGGCAACAUAUUUCAAAAUUGGUUCUCGAAUAUUAUCAAUGUUAGGAUUUCCUCAAUUUUUAGAGGAUGAUGAAUUACUCGCUGAUUAUAUUCAAGAAGGUCGUUUAUUAGUUAUAAGAGAAAAAGAAAGACGUGAUCGUAAAUUAAGAGGCAAUUUAAUGCGUCAAAAAUAUAGAGAUCAAACACAUUUAACUAGAAAUAAUGGUGAUGUGGAAAAUAGAGUUCCACCAUCACGACAAGAAAAUAUGAAAUCAUAUUUGUUAGAUAAUGCUGAACCCAUUGACAGAUCAUAUCAAAGUUAUUCAUCCCACAGUAUUAAUGAAACAGAAAAGCAAUUGCCUAAUGUGAGCACAAGACCAAGUAAUAAUUGGGAACCGCCAAGAAAUAUAUUUGAUGAUAUGUAGGACAUAAAAUUAUUAAUUAUUAAUUUAUAUAAAUAAAUAAUUUAUAUAUUGUACAAAUUAUUUAAAUUAUAUAUAUCUUUAUUAAAAUACCCCUAGUAAUUCUUUUUGUUAUAUGCCAUGUACAAUAAACUAGUAUAUAGUACUUUUCUUUUUUAUAUAAAAUAUGUUUGUAAUUAGAUUGCUUACCCAAAUAUUACUAGAAUUCAUUGUAGUCAAUUUGUGUUAAUUAUAUUUUAAUUAUGUCAUGUGUCACACUUAUUAUAAAGUAUUAACUUUUUUUUAGUUCUUUUAAUUAUGUAUCUAUUCUACCAUGACAAUUGCAUUUUUGUACUAUGUUAUUUUUUAAAUAUUUUGUAGCAAUAUCUAAGAAAAAAUUAAAAAUUAUUGUCUUAACAUUUAAA